AUGGGUUUGAGAUUACCCGCGAGGACGUCGAGCGCAUUGCGCGCUGGAGUCCCCGAGACCGCGGGCAAGGAAGAGAUUCCCUUCAAGCCGGCGCGGGUGGUGAUGCAGGAUUUUACCGGGGUGCCAGCCGUGGUUGAUUUGGCCGUGAUGCGCGACGCGGUAGCCGAUUUGGGCGGCGACCCGGAGAAGGUCAAUCCCCUGAUUCCGGUUGACUUGGUCAUUGACCAUUCGGUGCAGGUCGAUUACUACGGCAUACGCGAGGCGCUGGCCAUGAACGCCGCGCGCGAAUUCGAGCGCAACCGCGAGCGCUACGAGUUUUUGCGCUGGGGUCAGGAGUCGUUCGACAAUUUUCGCGUGGUGCCGCCGGCCACCGGCAUUGUGCAUCAGGUCAACUUGGAAUAUCUGGCCCAGGUGGUGCAGGAGCAGGACGGAGCGUUCUAUCCCGACAGCCUGGUGGGCACAGACAGCCACACGACGAUGAUCAACGGUCUCGGCGUUCUCGGCUGGGGCGUGGGCGGCAUCGAGGCCGAAGCCGUGAUGUUGGGGCAGCCGAUCUACAUGCUUUUGCCGCAGGUGGUCGGCGUCAAACUGACGGGCGAGUUGCCCACCGGGACGACGGCUACGGACUUGGUGCUGACGGUGGUGCAGAUGCUCCGCGCGCAUGGCGUGGUUGGCAAAUUCGUCGAGUUUUACGGCCCGGGCCUGAGCGAGUUGAGCUUGGCCGACCGGGCGACCCUCGCCAACAUGGCCCCGGAAUACGGGGCGACGAUGGGCAUUUUUCCGGUUGACGAGGAGACGCUGGCGUAUUUGGCGCUCACCGGGCGCAAGAAGGCGGUGGUCGAGCGGGUCCGCGCCUACAUGGAAGCGCAGGGCAUGUUCUACCACGCCGAGGAUCGGGUCGCGCUCAAGGACAUGCCGACCGCCUUUGCCGCCUCGCUGGUGGACCGCUUUGAGGUGGAGGAUAGCGGUAAAAAGGUCGCCGUCGAAUUGGGCGAGCAGGGUGCGGUUGAGCUGAACCACGGCGCAGUGCUCAUCGCCGCCAUUACCUCCUGCACGAAUACCAGCAACCCGAGCGCAAUGGUGGGGGCGGGGCUGUUGGCGCGCAACGCGGCCGAGCGGGGCCUCGCGGUUCCGGCCUACGUCAAGACCAGCUUGGCACCGGGCAGCCGGGUCGUCUCCCGCUACCUCGACGCGGCCGGCCUCACCGAGAGCCUAGAAGCCCUCGGCUUCCACACGGUCGGCUAUGGUUGCACGACCUGCAUUGGCAACUCGGUUCCCCUGCCCGAAGAAAUCGCCGCAGCCGUGGCCGACAACGAUUUGGUGGUGUGUAGCGUGCUCAGCGGCAACCGCAAUUUCGAGGGCCGGGUACACGCGGUGACGAAGGCCAAUUUCCUCGCUUCGCCGCCGUUAGUCGUGGCCUACGCACUCGCGGGCCGGGCGACGAUCGACUUCGAGCGCGAGCCACUGGGCCAAGACCAAGAGGGCCGCGAGGUGUUCCUGCGCGACAUCUGGCCUUCGCAAGACCAGAUCCGCGACGCGGUUGCCCGCUCGCUGACGCCGAAGAUGUUCGAGGAAGAAUACGGCAAUGCGUUCAGUCAGAACGAGACUUGGAACGCCAUUCCCGUGCCCAAGGGUACGCGCUAUGCCUGGGCCGAGGAGAGCACCCGAUCCAGCCAAUCCAAGGCGCAGCGCGUCUUGGCCAAGCUCGGCGACAGCGUGACCACCGACCACAUCUCGCCGGCGGGCGCAAUCGCCGUAGGCAGCCCGGGGGGCGAGUAUCUCACCGACCGCGGCGUCGAGCGCAAGGAUUGGAACAGCUAUGGCUCUAGGCGCGGCAACCACGAGGUGAUGAUGCGGGGCACGUUUGCCAAUAUCCGCAUCCGCAACGAGCUGGUGCCCGGCGUCGAGGGGGGCUUGACGCGCCACCUGCCUUCGGGCGAGCAGACGACCAUGUACGAGGCGGCGAUGCGCUACAUCGAAGAAGGCGUGCCUUCGAUCGUUAUCGCGGGCAAGGAGUACGGAGUCGGGUUCGAGCCGCGACUGGGCAGCCAAAGGUCCCUUUCUGCAAGGCGUCAAGGCCGCAAUCGCCGAGAGCUACGAGCGCAUCCACCGCUCGAACCUGAUUGGGAUGGGCAUUCUGCCGCUGCAAUUUCCCCGGCGAAGAUCGCCACUCGCUGGGGCUGA